AUGCAGCCCGCCGCCGCCGCCAACAUGGUCGCCAGUAAAUCGGCCGACGAGCCGUCCGGGCCGCCGUCGUCGUCGCAGCCCUCGCCGUUGAAGUUGGGCCAGGUCGAGGGGGCUCAGGAGAAGCAGCAGUCGAAAGCGCAACCGACGGCUACGGCGACGACGCCGGCGCCUCAAAAGCAGAAGAAGACGGCGGAACCAUCGCUGAGGUAUCCUUUUUGGUUCGGAGGCAGCGCCAGUAGUAUGGCCGCCUGCGUGACCCAUCCCCUGGAUUUGGCCUGCGAUAUUACAAACGUCGGAGUCCGCCUCCAGGUCCGCCGCCCCGACGCGCCAAAGAACAUGGUCGGCACCUUCACCCACAUCAUCCGCAACCACGGCGUGACAGGCCUCUACAACGGCCUCUCGGCCUCCCUCCUCCGCCAGAUGACCUACUCCACCGUCCGCUUCGGCGCCUACGAGGAGAUGAAGAUCCGCGCCACCCGCGCAAACGACGGCAAACCCCCCUCCUUCCCCGUCCUCGUCGCCAUGGCCUCGGCCGCGGGCUUCGUCGGCGGCAUCUCGGGAAACGCCGCCGACGUCCUCAACGUCCGCAUGCAGCAGGACGCCGCCCUCCCCGCCGCCGAGCGCCGUAACUACAGCCACGCCCUCGAGGGCAUGCUCCGCAUGGCGCGAGAGGAAGGCAUCAUGAGCUGGUUCAGGGGCGUCCUCCCCAACAGCAUGCGCGCUGCGGCCAUGACGGCCUCGCAGCUCGCGUCGUACGAUACCUUCAAGGGUAUGCUCAUCCGCCACACGCCCAUGGGGGAUAACCUGACGACGCACUUUACGGCCUCGUUCCUCGCUGGUGUGAUGGCCGCCACGGUGACGAGCCCCAUUGAUGUCAUCAAGACGCGGGUCAUGUCGGCGAGCACCCAGGAGGGGCUGGCGCAUACCCUGGCCAAGAUUUACAAGGCUGAGGGUCUUGGGUGGAUGUUCAAGGGCUGGGUGCCCAGUUUCCUCCGCCUCGGACCACAAACAAUCUGUACAUUUGUCUUCCUAGAGAUGCACCGCAAGGUCUAUAGAAAGGUUGCUGAUAUCGGCAACGGUGAAGAUGCGUCCAUCAAGGGAUAA